GUGAAAUGCCAAAGUCGAUCUCGAUUGUUUCUGUUCAGCUAUCCUGGCUCGCGUAUGGCGUGGCCCAGCCAGAAGAUUGACCGAUGAACGGAAGUCGGAACGCCGCCCGCUUCGCCACCGACAACGAGAUGAUCACGGCGAGGAGCAUCCCGGACGAGCUCCGACCCCGAUCCGCACGCCGGGGGGAACCGCCUAGACGGUUCGCUCGGCUUCGCCGCGUUCGUUCGUCGUGCUCAUGCAUGGCCUCGAGCCCCCGAGCCGGCUCACCCCGACACUUCCCACUGUGCUGCAGGAGCUUGAGGGGCGGUCCCGUCCGGCUCCGACUGCCACUCAACUCCUCUAGCCAGAGGCAAGUUUCGAAUUCGAGCCAACAACGCUUUCCUCUCAUGCCGAUUUUCAGAGCCGCAGUCGCAACCGUAACCCUAGGCAAGCGAGGAUCGGAUCGGAGCAGCCAUGGCCGCGGAGGAGGAGGCUCAUCACUUCAUCGGAGCUGGACCAGCGCCGCUCGGGUCCGAUAAGACAGGUGCGGCGGGUGCUAAGGAGACGGAGGCAAGGUGAGGGUUGAUUGCGGCGCGGCGCCGAAGUACCCUAACAAAUUGUUGAUCGAAGCAGGCGGGGCCUCCUACAGGGCGAUCAACAUCAGCGCCGCCGCCGCUCGUAGUCUCCUUGGACUCGAAGUAGCGCCUGUGAACCCUGGGCUGCCAGUUCCGGGUGAUGAUGGGGAGACGGAGGCAAGGAGCGCGACGAGGACCAGGGCGGCGGCCGCAUCGGCCCCACGCCACUCGUGGGACUGGCUGCCGCUCGCCUCCUCAUCCUUCCCCCGACCGGAUCCCUAUCCCAUCAGCGUCGGUGAGCCACUGGACGCCCUUCAACAGCAGCGGCUUCGCGAGGACAUGUUGAGGUAGCGUAACAAGGCGUGCCGGAUGCGGUGUCAGACAGGCAUUGGCCAUUUGCCCUGUUGGUCAUGCCAUGGUGGGUGUCGUCGGUCCAUGGUUCGAGCUUUCAUCGGCCGGCCGAGAGUAACGUAUAGCAGGCAGAGAUGCGAGCGGCAGUAAGUGCCAAAACCCAACAGGGACCGGAGCCCGGCGGCCCGCACGCGUGAUCAUUCGGCAAUCCUCCUGCCCACCCGUUCUCUCUCUCUCUCUCUCUCCGCUGGUACAGCCUUCUUCCGUCUCACUCACGGCCUUGCGAAAGCACAACGGUUAAACGAGCACGAGUGGAGUACUGUUAAAAAGGAGAAGCUGCUGCGCUUUUGAUGAUUACAAUCUUGAUCGCAGCUCUGCUCGGGCUCUGCGUCUCGGCGAUCGCCGUCGUCAAGGGAAAGAAGAGACGGGGAGGCGGCGGCGGCGGAGACGCGUCGACCGGGUUGAGCCAAGGGAUUGGCAGCGUUCUCUCAACCACUCCAGAUCACGACCACUGGUGUUGCAGCAGCGUCCAAGAAAUGAGCCUGCACGGCGGCCCGCCCGCGGCCGGAGACGAGACGGCGGAGGAGCUGCUCGCGCGAGUCCAGGGUAUGGCGGCGGCGGUGCUGGCGGCGGCGACGGCGGCGGGAGCAUUUCCGGGGCGGUGGAAGGCGAUCGCCGCCAAGCUGGAGAGGCUCCCGGCUUGCCUGUCCGACUUGUCCAGCCACCCUUGCUUCGCCAAGAAUGCGCUUUGCCGCGAGCUGCUGCAGUCGGUGGCCGCCACACUCGCCGAGGCGGCCGAGCUCGCGGGGCGGUGCCGGGAGCCGCCGAGAGCCGGGAAGCUGCAGAUGCAGAGUGCCAUCGACGCGCUCGCCGGCAAUCUGGACCUCAACCUCCGGGACUGCGCGCUGCUUGUCAAGACCGGUGUGCUGUCUGAUGCCUCUGGCUCGUCGCCUCCGGCAGAGGCUACGGCGGGGACCACCCCGUCGGAAGCGCAGGCGGAUGUCCGGGAGCUGCUCGCGAGGCUGCAGAUCGGGCACUCCGAGGCGAAGAACCGGGCAGUGGACGGGCUUCUUGAGGCGCUGCACAAGGACGAGAGGAGCGUUCUCUCUGUCCUCGGCCGCGCCAACGUCUCCGCGAUGGUGCAGCUGCUCACGGCGUCGGCGCCCAAGGUGCGGGAGAAGGCCGCAACGGUCAUCUGCCAGCUUGCGGAGUCCGGAAGCUGCGAGGGGCUGCUCGUGUCGGAGGGUGUCCUGCCGCCGCUCAUCAGGUUGGCCGAGUCCGGCAGCCUCGUCGGCCGCGAGAAGGCCGCAAUCACGCUGCAGCGCCUGUCCAUGUCACCUGACAUUGCACGCGCAAUUGUCGGCCACGGUGGCGUCGGCCCGCUCAUUGAGAUCUGCCGGACAGGGGAUUCCAUCUCCCAGUCCGCCGCUGCCGGCGCGCUCAAGAACCUUUCGGCGGUGCCGGAAGUGCGACAAGCAUUGGCCGACGAAGGAACUGUCCGUGUCAUGGUCAGCCUGUUGGAUUGCGGCGCCGAGGUCGGCUCCAAGGAUUACGCCGCCGAGUGCUUGCAGAACCUCACGUCCAGCAACGACAGCUUGCGACGCGCCGUCGUGUCGGAGGGCGGGCUGCGCAGCCUGCUCCUCUACCUCGACGGUCCGUUGCCGCAGGAGUCCGCGGUGAGCGCACUCCGGAACCUCGUGGGCUCUGUCUCGCCCGACAGUCUCGUGUCACUCGGCGUGCUGCCCCGGCUGGUCCAUGUGCUCAGAGUCGGGUCAAUCGGAGCGCAGCAGGCAGCGGCAGCGGCGAUCUGCCGGAUCUCCAGCUCAGCCGACAUGAAGCGCGUUGUGGGCGAGCACGGCUGCAUGCCGCUGCUCGUGCACAUGCUGGAGGCCAAGUCAAACGGCGCGCGCGAGGUCGCCGCGCAGGCCGUGGCGAGACUGGUGAGCUACCCUCCCAACGCCCGGGAGAUGAAGAAGGACGAGAAGAGCGUGCCCAGCCUCGUGCAGCUGCUGGACCCGAGCCCUGUGAACACGGCCAAGAAGUACGCCAUCUCGUGCCUCCUGUCACUCUCGGCGAUCAAGCGAUGCAAGAAGCUGAUGAUCUCGCACGGCGCCAUUGGGUACCUCAAGAAACUCUCCGACAUGGACGUCGCCGGCGCCAAGAAGCUGCUCGAGAGGCUGGAGCGCGGCAGGCUGCGCAGCCUCUUCAGUAGCAAGUAGCAGCUGUAACAACUAAGCUUCACUGCUUAUGUGAUCGUACAUUGCAAAAAUUCUUUUUGCCGUAACCUGUAUAAAAAUCAUGUCCAGUUUCACGCUCUGUAUGAAAUGGUGCUGUGCAGGUGUUUGUGUUAACUGAAAAUAUUGAGUUGUAAUGUAAGUAGGGUGAUGGAUAUGUUGGGCUUUACUUAGGAGCUUCUCACUCUGUAUAAUAAGUUAGCAUUGUUCUGUACUUAAAUCAAAUGAAUGGAUGAAUAAUGAGGAUGCUUUUUACGAUUAA